AUGACUGACGAAAGUGCAGAGCAAGAGUCAUCAAAACCGGACUCAAGUUUAGAUGCCCGUCACUGGGUUGAGAAACUGUUCCCUCCUCACUUUACUCUAGAAGAUCUGAUGAAGGAUGUCGGUAGUCGAUCAGCAAAGACUAGAACCAGUGCGGCUGAGCCGUGUCCUACAACUGAGCGGUUUUCCGAAACGGCGGAGUACCAUGGACGCCUCAAAAAACAAGAGAUUUAUUUAGCUGCUCUACGGGAUUUCCAUCAAGGAGAGGAGCAGUUGAAGAGGAAGAUCCUGCGCGAGCAGAUUAGCUGGGAGGCGAAGGAAACAGGCAAGCAGCAUCCUAUUGAUGUUACUGAUGAGAAUCCAGCUGACAGCCCGAGUCCAGAUUGCAAUGAAGAGUUCCACAGAGGAGAGACAUCCAUUUGGAACGAAUGGGACAUUUCCCAAUUUAGGAAAGCUAUGUGUGAAGUGGAGAGAGACAGGCGUAGAUUGAAAAUGCAGCUCAGAUACACUGAAGAAAAGUUAAACAAGGAGCUAGAGAAAAGGAAACAGCUGCAAGAGUUGCUUGACGAGCGAGAGAAUCAGUUAACCUUCUCCAGAAAGCAGGCAGCACAACAAGCCUUGCUUGUGAAGACACUACAAACAGAGAGUCAAACGAAGGCCAUUCAGAUAAACAUGCUGGCAACAGAGGCCAAGGAGAAGGCGACAGAAGCAGCCAAGUGGAGGACAAGUCUAAGAAAUUUAAAGGAGGAAACUCAACAGAUCAAGCAAGAGUGCUCCAACCUAGCCUGGGAGGUGCAGAGACUCCAAGAGCAGCAGAAAUCAGAGAUGAAGAGGCAGACCGAGGCAGUGAGAUUGGAACACGAGGCAGCAAUGCAGAGACUUCAGAGAGAGGUGAUGCAAGUCAGAGCGGAGCUGAGCGCGGAGAGGGCCAGCCAUGCCCGCAGUCGCAAUGCCUUAGAACUCCUGCGCAAACAUUUUAACAGUCAGUGA